AUGGAUAUUUUACAGCAGAAACAGAAUGAUUUACUUUAUAAUAUACUCGAUUGCAUUUCCCAACAAAAAAGACCACCAUGUUCAUUCUCUGCUGCAUAUACUUUAGUGUUUAACUUCUCAAGAUCAAUUAAUUUUCUAAAUUUCAUUACCAUUGUAUCUGAAGCUGUUAAAAAUAAUAUAUCUAGCAUUAUUUCAUCAGUUAUGUCAAUGAACAUUCGUGAUUUUGAAAGAUAUUUGUUAAUUUUUCAAAAAUAUAAUUUUUAUUACAGAAAUGUAACAGCAAUCUUAGGAAUUUCAGAAGAAUAUUCAACAGUAAAGGAGUAUUCAGUCCAUGAUAUUCUCAAAACAACAUUUAUCAAACUAAUGAAAGAGAAUAUUUCGAUUCAAAGUUUUGUCAAAGUUUUGGAUGAAGAAAUCGAAUUGUUUCGAGAAGAAAGAGACUAUAAGCAGUAUAAACAGUUAGAUAAAAUUAAACAGCCAGCAGUUCUCAUUGACCUUGUCUAUGCAAAUGAUUUCGAUGACUUGAUAAUCGAAUUGCAAAAAUGUUGGGAAAUUUUUUCGGAAAAAUUUAUUUCGAUUUCGAAUGAAGAGUUUAUUAAAGAUCUUUACUUCAUAUUGGAAAGGGAGAAAUGGAUGCUCCAGUACUUGUUUUCAAUGAGAUAUCAUAACAUAAUUAUGAGAAAAAUUUAUGAAAUAAUUAUUCAUUCCGAAAAUUUCGAAAACAGCUUGAAAGUCAUGUCACAAUCACUUAAUAAUAGGGAUACUGAUGUUUUUGAUACAAUUUACAAUUCAAUUAAUAUAAUUCCUGUUUCAAACGACGCAAUUGGAAUGUUUAAUGAAGCAGUUUCGGUUUCUUUCGAAAAGGAGAACUCAGAAUUGAAUGAAAUGAUAAAAACACUUGAAUUUUAUUCAAAAUUAUUUGAUAAUCUUAAUCCGAAAAACGAAAUCGUAUAUAAUACUUUUAUGAAUGUAUCGACUAAUUAUGUUAAUAGAGAUUCUUACGCUGUUUUGAAUCAAGUUUCCAAACUAUUGAACCAAAAAGUUACGAAAAAUGAACCUUUUGAUGAAUUAAAUGGAAUUCUUUAUAGAAUGAGAUGCAAGAGUGAGCUCGAAUUAUAUCAUUCAAGAAUUGUUACAAAGAGAUUAUUGCCGCCUUCACUGCAAACAAUUGAAAGAGAAAGUAACGUCAUCAAGAAAUUGCAUCAAAUUUCUCCUUUAUUUCAAUUUAGAGAUUUGCAAAUUAUUUUGAGAGAAAGCAGAGCUUCACUUGAAUUAAAUGCAAUGCUUGACAUAUCUCCUUCUCUGUUCAUUCCAUCUGCUGUUUGGCCGUACAAACCUCCAUAUUAUUUGCCUGUUCAUUUAUCGGUUUUUGUUGAUCAAAUUCGGGCGAAAUAUCUUCAAAUGUUUCCAAGAAAACAACUUGAAUUUCCAAUAAUUUCAUGGCUUGUUACUCUAAAAGACACAGUGAGAAACUCAACAAUUAUUGGAAAUGGAAUUCACGCAGAAGCUUUGAUCGAAGUAUCAGAAAAGAAAAAAGUUACAAAACAAUCAUUGCAGCCUCAUAUUCCUGACAAUGUCUUAGUUGUUGCUCUUGAAGGAUUGAGUACUAACAAAGCUCCAAUCCUUGUGAAAGAUGAAGAAGACAACUAUACAAUUGGAAUUCAAAAAUUACCAGGAACAAUUCGCUUACAAAACUUUUCGUUUGUUGCAAAUAAACAAGCAACAGAUGUUCCAAAGCAUGAUACAAUUAACUGUAAAAUUACAAGAAUAUUGAAGGAUAAAAGAGCAAUGUCUAUUCCAGCGUUAACAACCCAAGUGAUUAACGAAUUGAGUUCAUUUUUCAUUCCGACAGAAAGCGAAGUUAAUCAUUCACUUCAAACGCUUGUUGAACGAGAUUUUGUCAAAAUUAAAGAUAAUAUUGCUUAUUAUCUUCCUUAA